AUGGCAAGCAGCGCGUUGAGUCACGCCGCCCUGAAACACACCAGCCUGCCGGCUUGUCGAACGGGCCGGCAACGACGAGGAGCGAGGAGCGAGGAGCGAGGAGGGCACGCAGGGAACGCCGCCUGGCUUGCGCAUUAUGACGAGGCAUCUUUAUUCUUGACUCUGCGGCGGCAGCAGCCGUCUGGUCGGCCAGCACUGGCAGUGGAGCAUCGGCUGUCGACGGAGAGCUGA